AUGCGCCGACGCGCAGAUUGGGAUUCGGGAGCAAUGUGCCCGCCGACGCGCGAUUGGGAUUCGGGAGCAAUGUGCGCCGACGCGCAGAUUGGGAUUCGGGAGCAAUGUGCGCCGACGCGCAGAUUGGGAUUCGGGAGCAAUGUGCGCCGACGCGCUGAUUGGGAUUCGGGAGCAAUGGGCGCCGACGCGCUGAUUGGGAAGCAAUGUGCGCGGGCGACGCAGAUUGGGAAUGUGCGUGUACGCUCCGACCAUUCCGCGCGCACGCGUACGCGCGGGUUGGUCGGCAAUGUGUCUUAC